AGCACCAGGGGCAUCCCGCUUGCCUGGUGAAAGGCGCCACAGCGCGCAGCGUGGGAGGGCUUCCGAUUUUAGCAGGGCGGCUUCCGGAAGGCGGAGCUCCAACCCCAUUUCCUUUCUCUAGGCUGGUUCUGGCCCGGCUGCACCUGCGUGUGGUUCCGCUGUCCGGCUCCCUGCUGUUCCGUAGCAGCAGCAUGGGUGGCGCGCGGGACGUGGGUUGGGUGGCAGCAGGGCUGGUCCUGGGCGCCAGCGCCUGCUACUGUAUCUACCGGCUGACUCGGGGACCGCGGCGAGGCGGGCGCCGGCUGCAUCCUUCGCGGUCUGCAGAAGACCUAACCAAUGGCUCCUAUGAUGAUAUCUUAAAUGCGGAACAGCUUGAGAAACUUCUGUACCUGCUGGAAUCAACCAACGAUCCUAUAAUUACUGAAAAAGCCUUGGUCACCUUAGGAAAUAAUGCAGCCUUUUCCACUAACCAAGCCAUUAUUCGUGAGUUGGGUGGUAUUCCAAUUGUUGGAAACAAAAUCAACUCCCUGAACCAAAGUAUUAAAGAGAAAGCUUUAAAUGCACUAAAUAACCUGAGUGUGAAUGUUGAAAAUCAAACCAAGAUUAAGAUAUACGUCCAUCAAGUCUGUGAGGACGUCCUUGCUGAUUCCCUAAACUCUGCCGUGCAGCUGGCUGGACUGAGGCUGCUGACAAACAUGACAGUCACCAAUGACUGCCAGCACCUGCUCAACAGCUACAUCACUGGCCUGUUCCACCUGCUGCUUCUCGGAAAUGGAAGCACCAAGGUUCAGGUUUUGAAGCUGCUUUUGAAUUUGUCUGAGAAUCCAGCCAUGACAGAAGGACUACUGAGUGCCCAAGUGGAUUCUUCAUUCCUUUCCCUGUAUGACGGCCAAAUGGCAAAUGAGAUUCUUCUUCGGGCUCUUACGAUGUUUCAGAAUAUAAACAAUUGCCUCAAAGUGGAAGGCCGGUUAGCCAAUCAGCUUCCUUUUGCUGAAGGGUCGUUGUUUUUCCUGUUGUUUGGAGAAGAAUGUGCACGGAAAGUGAAAGCAUUGGCUCAUCAUCAUGACGUGGAUGUGAAAGAGAAGGCUUUAGCAAUAAAGCCAGCGUUCUGACUGUUGCUUCUGUUUUACCAGAGAAUCAAAGAGUAAUGCAGUCUUACGUCAGAACCGGAACUUACACCUUCCCUUAAAGGGAUCUUUCAGCUGAUGGAGUUAAACAGUAAACGUCAGUGUGAGUAACUCUAAUCCAACAUGAUGCUCAAAAUGUUACAUUUCAGAGGUUCAGAUUUGGGGUUUGGGGCCUGAGUACAGUCUGGAACCUUCAGAGAGUGUGAAUCACUUCUGGGGCAAACGUCUAGUUACGACCGUGGACGGGUUGCCAUGCUCUUCAGGAUUAUUUUGAAGGAUUCUACUACUAUUAAAUGACUAUGAGGGGUUGCACUGAAGACACUGAAGUAUGUAUUGGUUUCCUGACGUGAACAGAGUGGCCUUUCUUUGUGCAAUCCUCACUUCUGGGAGUGACUUGGAGUUGCUCAUGAGACAGCAUUCAGUGCUGAGUUGAAGACUGGAACUGCCACAGCAAGGGCCUUGUUCCUCAAAGCAGCGAAUACUGCAAGCUCCAGUCCACCCCAACCCCACCGUACUGCUUGCAAGUCUGAGUUCAUCAUGAGACUCUGCCUGCAGCACAGAUCAGUAAGACUGUACUUCCAUUUACAGGGGAAAGGUUUUCUUACUGCUUACCCCCUUGUGUAAGAUACUGGAGAGCAAUCCAAGUUUCCACCCAUAGGCAGCCAGGCAGACUAAGCAGCGGCCCUUUAAAAACGAGUGGCCUGAUGAGUCUGACCGGAUAGAGAAAUACACCCAUGAAUUGGUUGUUUUAAAAGCAUGUUGUGAAACAAAGUAUUAGGGUCUUUUUUUUUUUUUUUCUCUUAAUGAUGAUAAAUACAUUUAUACAUGGACAGAACAUUUCUAGAAUGAUACGUGGGUCCCAGAUGGGACUGGGACCUGGGUACAUGGAUUUCUUUGUGUACCUGUUUCUACUGUUCGGAUUUCUACUGAGUAUAAACUGUAUAACUUUUUUAAUAAAAGGGAAAAA